AUGAAGGUGGACAAGGGCGUGUGUACGAAUGGCACCUUGGAGGACCUGAACCGGGCCAUCCAAUUCGAGGCCGUCUUUUCGACGCUCGUCGAAAACAAGAUACUGGCAAUCAAGCGUGAGUGUGAGCUGAAGAAGCGGCACAAAAAGUCGCGCCUGCUGCGGCGUAUCCUAUUCGGCCGCAAGGUAUCGUCGGGUGGUGCGGGAGGCAGCUGCUGCCAUCGGGAGGUUUCCGCUAGCAAUAGUAAUAGCAGCAACGAGGCUAACGCCGCCGGUGAACCAUUGUGUCCGGGUCACAAUGGUACGGCAGGAAGCGUGUCCCAUCAGCUCCGGGAGGGGCCGGAUGCGGGGUGCUACAGUUAUGGGGCCUCGGUGCCGGAGGCGAACGCUGGCGUGGAAAACUCCACCAUCAGCGAUGGCGCCGAUGAGGUUAUUGUCGAGAUCGGUGACCUUUCGUCGCUGGUCGAUGCCGAUGGGAAUGUGGUUGUGACAACAACGAACGUGGAACCCGGGCCAUUCGGGGACGCCGGGAAUGGUCCGCUGAGUGAGUCGCUAGCAGCCGGUAGCCGGGCCACUGGAGCGUCCCGGACGUCCGGAGCAGAAUCGAUUUCAACGAAAAGUCCCGAGUCGCUGGAAAACCGUAAAAGCAGUGGCCGCACGUCGGCUACCGGACCGAGGAAGUCCUCGCUGCUGGAGCCGGUUUCGAUCGAGAUCGAGCCGGAAUCGGACCCGCUCAGCGCCCACUACGACCUGGAGGACAGUGCGACGAACGUUUCGAUCGAACUGGACGGCGUUAGUGAUGUGUCCGAUAUGCGGCGCAGUAUCGCGUCGGAACCGAUAUCUAUCAUCAAGAACGCGACCCGGUCGCGGUAUGGAAUGGGUUCCUAUCUUUCCGCGGGCAAUGCCGUUGCCAGCCGGCUGCGAGUGCUGGAAGCGAAAUCGAUCAGCGCCCAGAACAGCCCCAUACUGCCACGCCAAAAGCCAGCGGCCGAGGGACGCCACCUGACGUUCAGCACGGCCACCUACCAGCAGACGAAGUCAUCGACCAAAGCGAGCGCCAUCGACUGUGAUACCUCGUUCGUGGUGGAUCUCAGCCAGUCGGAUCGGGAUCAGCAGCAGCAGCAGCAGCAACACAACAACUCCACUGUGAUAGUGAAGGACAAGCCGGCCAGCCAGGUGGCUAGCGGCAGCAAGAAGUCAGCACUAGUUCUAGGCGAUAAUAGCAGUAGUAGUAGCGCUAGUAAGAGAAACAAAUUAACGCAACCCCAUAGCAGCAAUCAUUCAGCCAGUGCGGUGUCCAUCGGUCGGGCCGCGUCGGCACAGCAACCGCAGCAGCAGCAAGAGGCGCCGUCAUCGCCUCCGCUGGGACUCAUCGAAAGCUUUAACCAGCUGACGGCAUCCAAUCUACCUGUGAUAGCAUCUACCGCACGACAUUCACCGCCGGUUAGUGAUCUGGUCAAGCUGCAGCAGCACCAUCUUACCACCAGUGCUCGCCAGCAGCACCAUCGGCCCUCAUCGCCGUCGAUUCUUCUGUCGGACCCAUACGGUCGCGGCGAGCCACAUCCGUCGGCCGACGGCCACUCGCCCAUCCCUUCCAGGCGAGCCAGCAAAGGAUCGGUCCCUACACCCAACGCGGCCGAAGGAAUCUCUGCUACGGCGUCGACCGGAGCCUCGCAGCCUUUGUUAGCCGGCGCAGGGCAACCAAAUCAGCCACAAACCCAACGUAAGUCGCGUAGCUUCCUUCGACAAUCCAGCUGCGACGUUGAGCUGCACUAUCGGCCAACCACAACCGGCACUAGGCGAUCGAGCGCCAAGGAACACCAUCACCAUCGUAAGAGCAGCGCGUACGGCCAUGGUGACGAUUACUCCUCCUACAUCAUGGGGUACGACAUCAACGAGAGUGACGAGGAGAAGCUUAACAAGCGGAAGUACAAAUAUUUGAAGCGAUGUUCGGACCCGGUCAUAGUGUUCCCGUCGACGAGCAGCGGCACUGGGGCGGUGGGGGGCAGUACCGUCGGCGGCAGUGGCCUCCAGCAUUGCAUCCUCAGCCGUCCUCCGAAUCAACCACUUCAAUUCCCCUACGACGAAGACUUCAUGUACGAUGUUUCACUGCAAAUUGAAUCCGAACGUCACGGGGAGCUGGAUUCAAUAGUGCCUGAGCAUAGGAGGAAGCAUAAACACAGCAGACAUCAUCAUCAUCACCAUCGACACUGUAAGAAGAAAAGACACAAGAAGCGCAAAAUUCUGGUGCACGACCUGGACGACCAAAGCGUAAAGGUGAUAGACCCGGACGAUCUGCCGCAACGUGCCAGAUGGACAAUCAUUGCGACCGCAUGCCUAUUACUGAUUAUGUGCCUACUAUUAGUUGGAAUCACACUGCGGAUGGCUCCCAUCAUCGACGAUAUGGUGCGCCAAGAGAACGAACGGCUCAUGCGAGAGUCGCUCGACCGGGCGAAGAUGAUUAAAAACUACACCGAGUACAACCGGAUGAUUGGUGGCGAUGAAAUUCCUUAACGAUUUAUCCUCGGUCCGAUAGGCGAUGCGCCCGCGUUACAGAUCUGCUCGCUGCACCUCCUGCUAGCUGCCGACAUCUGAGGCGGAUCAGGCGAGAUACACGUUGACAUCAUCGAAUGGCGCACACCACACACCACAUGCAUGCUGAUUCCACUGACAGACCGUACGGCCGGUGUGCACGACAGGAUUCGGAUGGAUCGCUUUGAGCGAAACCGGUGGGAAUUGAUCCGGGCUGGACGUGGUGCCGCCGGAAGCCACUGAAACUAAUGAAAUUCAACAGGCCAACUUCACUCCCCAUCUCUACGGACCAAUUCUAGGUUAACUCGAUGGACCAGCGUAACUUCACUCGCUACACGUUUAUCGGCCUCCAGAUGCACAAAACAGCAAAACACACACACACACACUUAGCUCAAUGACAAAAGCUCCACGAAAGCUCAUCCGCCGGGGUAGAACACGUUGUAAAAUGCUAGAAUGAUGGAGCACUUACAUUCAGGCGAGGUUCUAAGUUCAAUUCCAACUUUCGCAUAUCAUCGUGACUAAUUUUAUACAUCCCAUCACACUUUUCACACUUCAAAUGCGUCUGUUAGGAAAGGGUAAAACAGGGCAAACAGGAGGUGGCGCGAGAGAGAAGAAAAAAACCACCCCCGAUAGCGACCAUAGUGUCGAAUACAGAUGCUGAAGGCGUGGAUGCUCUGUUUACGCAACUCGUCUCGUCCACCGCACCUUGCACCGGAAGGUAGAAAGCGCCCGCUUUUUCCACGAAUUUGGCUGACCGUAACAGAGACCCUAGCAGCACGAAGUAAGGCGAAGGAAUUUAGCGAUUCGUGUUGGCAAUUUGAGCCACGAUUACGCGACGCACCCCGGCGAUGGGCCCGGGCGCAUAAAACGUGGAAAAGGUUCAAUUUCAUCCAUUUUCCCCGGGACAAAAGUCCCCGGCAGGGCGACUUGUGCACGCCACCCAAACCACGUAAUGGUUCCCCGAAAUUUGCGCGAGCAAACAUAAUCACUUUUCUGGUGGCACCCGGCGGCGGCGGCGGCUAGCGUAGAAGGUUGACGGUUAAGCGAAAGCAAAAAAAAAAAGGAGACCCUCUGAAAACCCUUCACCGUGCGAAGAAGAAGAAGAAGUAAAAAAGCACAAUCAAUUUAGUGUACAGCUCGAAGCAAAGCGAACGAACGUAGGAAGGAGCAAAAAGAAAAAGGUAAAAUUCAGCAUGAUCACACACACACACACAUACACGCACACACAGACAAACACACACAACGAGCUAGAAUUCCGACGACAAUGGUGACGGUGCUUCAGAUUCUGGAUUAGUUUAGCAUUUCACGUGGAAACUGUGUAGCUUUUGGGCGCUUGUCCACUUUUUCAUUGGAUGAUGUAGUGGAAUUCUUGACAGUAGUUGACAAACAUAGAGCAAUUGUUCACUUUUGCAGUUAUUGUAUGGCUAGGUUUUUGGGUUUAAAUUGAAGUUGCUCACCUGAACGGCACAAUAUUCUUUCGGCAAUCAUUCUGUUCUUCUUUUCUUUCUAUUGAAACAACUUGUUUAUUUUCUUUUUUUUUAUUUGAGUUCUACAACAUCAGAAAAUCUAAAAACAAAUUUUGUUUAAAUGAGAUUUGAUACCGAUUCCGUCGUGUAAAGUCCGACACCAACGCCACAAAAAAUGCUGGAGCUGUCUGAAUUCUUGUUAGUAAAAUGUAAAUAGAAGCUCCCUAUUACUGAUUUGUUUUUCUCUUUUUUUUACAU